GUCUUCCGGCGGGGCGGGGCGGGGCGGGAGUCGGUCUUCGCGUGGCUCCGCUGUUCUGUGUCCCCCACGCCUCGCUCUGCCCUGUCCGGCUCCCCUCUUCUCCCCUCCCCUCCCCACCCCCGGAGGUCUCUCCGAGCGGCGCCGUUGGCGCUGUGUCACCUCCCGGGCUGCUGCUCCCGGCUCAUCCCGGCACAGCGCUCAGCCCUGUGGGCAGCUGUGGGCAGCGACGGAGCCGUCAGUGCCGCUUCCAGGAGAACGGCCGCCUCUUCCCAGCAGAGCAGAAGAUCUGUAUCAAGAAGGGCUCUCAACAUCAAGCUGUGACGGAUCUCUGUGCAGGUGUGACCUUGAGAGCCAUCCCUGCUCGAGGGCAGAUCCUGUCGUGCAGCGCGGUGCUGUGCAGGAGAGCUCGAGGGGUGCUUGGGCUGCUCCCUGUUUUGGGGUGAGAUGACCGACUCCUUGCCAUGCUUUGUUUUUAGGCACGCAGUCCGUGUGCCCUCAGCUGUUGAAGUGAGAGUCAGCUAUGAGUUCUCUCAGCCCCGCAGUUUGAGACAGUUUUGUGAUGGUUCAUCUCUUUGAGCCAGAGCGUUAGCAGUGCUGGUUGUCUUCCUGUGCCAGGCCUGGUGUGCCAUCCCGGAGGCAGUGCCCUGCAGAUGGUCUGGGGAGGGCUGGGCUGGGACAGGGACUGCUGCGUUGCCUGCCAGCUGCCCUGCCCUUUCUCUUGUCCCUGCAGGCUCCAGUUCAACUUGUGCCUUCCAGCCGUGAUUAUCCCAGGCUGCAGGAGAGCAGCAAAUGGCCACAGCACAUCCGUGUCAGGAGCCCGUGAGCUUUGCGGAGGUGGCCGUGUAUUUCAGCAGGGAGGAGUGGGCGCUGCUGGACCCUGCGCAGCGAGCGCUCUACCGGGAUGUGAUGCUGGAGACGUACCAGUGCGUGGCCUGGCUGGCUCCUCUUCCAGCCCCCAAACCCGGGCUGAUCUCCCUGCUUGAAGGAGGGGAAGACCCCUGGAUCCCAGAUGUGCGUAGCCCAGAGGCCGUGCCAGGAGACCUGAGGCCAGCAGGAACUGGGAUUACAGAUAUACUGGAGGAUGUGCAGGAAAGUGCUGUGUCUGAAAGGCGGUGGGGUAGUGCCUGUGUGGGAGAAAUCAGAAGGGAUGUCGCAGGAGGCCUGGAGCAAGGUCAGGGUGAGCACAUCAAGAAGGCACUGGGAGAGCGUCUGGAAGAGAAAGGAAGGAUCUCACUGGACUUCAACAUAGCUGAAAAGCAGCCUGAAGAACCCAGGAGCAAGGAUUUGUGUCUGAUGAAAAAGCAGAAUCCAUGCACUGAGUGUGAGAAAAGCUUGGAAAUAGAUUCCAGUGUCAUUAACAACAAGUGCAUGCACGCAACGCAGAGCCUGUACAAGUGCUCUGAGUGUGGGAAGAGCGUCAAACGGAGAGCCAAACUAACACGCCUCCAACGCAUUAACGCAGGCUGGAGACCCUACAAAUGCUGUGAGUGUGGGAAGAGCUUCAAAAGCAGUUCCCACCUCACCUGCCACCAACGCAUCCACACAGGAGAGAGACCCUUUCGGUGUCCUGAGUGUGGGAAAAGCUUCAACAGCAGUUCCCACCUCACCUGCCACCAACGCAUCCACACAGGAGAGAGACCCUUUAAGUGCUCUGAGUGUGGGAAGAGCUUCAAAAGCAGUUACAACCUUACCUGCCACCAACGCAUCCACACAGGAGAGAGACCCUUUAAGUGCUCUGAGUGUGGGAAGAGCUUCAAAAGCAGUUAUGAAUUGAAGCUGCACCAGCGCAUCCACACAGGGGAGAGACCCUACAAGUGCUCUGCUUGUGAGAAGAGCUUCAAAAGCAAUUCUGAAUUGAAGCAGCACCAGCGCACCCACACAGAGGAGAGGCCCUACAAGUGUCCUGCGUGUGGGAAGUGCUUCAGAAGCGGUUCUGAAUUGAAGCAGCACCAGCGCAUCCACAGACAGGAGCGACCCUUUCAGUGUCCUGUGUGUGGGAAGAGCUUCAAAAGAAGGCCUGAUUUGAAGCAGCACCAGCUCAUCCACACAGGAGGGAGGCCCUUUCAGUGUUCUUCGUGUGGAAAGACCUUCAAAAUCUGUUCUGAACUGAACCUGCACCAGCGCAUCCAUACGGAGGAGAGACCCUUUCAGUGUCCCGAGUGUGGGAAGUGCUUCAAAAGAAGAUCUGUGUUAAAGCUGCACCAGCGCAUCCACACAGGGGAGAGGCCCUACAAGUGCUCUGACUGUGGAAAGAGCUUCAAAAGCAAUUCUGAAUUGAAGCUGCACCAGCGUACCCACACAGAGGAGAGACCCUACAAGUGCUCUGAGUGUGGGAAGUGCUUCAGCAGAAGUUCCCACCUCAACUUCCACCGGCACGUCCACACAAGAGAGAGACCCUUUCAGUGUCCUGCGUGUGAGAAGAGCUUCAAAAGCAGUUCUGAAUUGAAGAAGCACCAGCGCAUCCACAGAGGAGAGAGACCCUUUCAGUGCUCUGAGUGUGGGAAGAGCUUCAAAAGGAGUUCCCACCUCACCUGCCAUCAGCACAUCCACACAGGAGAGAGACCCUUUCUGUGUCCUGAGUGUGGGAAGACCUUCAGAAUCUCUUCUGAAUUGAAGUUGCACCAGCGUAUCCACACAGAGGAUAGACCCUACAAGUGCUCUGAGUGUGGGAAGAGCUUCAAAAGCAGUUCUGACUUGAAGCAGCACCAGAGAACCCACACAGAGGAGAGACCCUACAAGUGCUCUGAGUGUGGGAAGUGCUACAAAAGGGGUUCCCACCUCUCCUGCCACCAGCACAUUCACACAGGAGAGAGACCCUUUCAGUGUGCUGAGUGUGGGAAGAGCUUCAGAAUUUGUUCUGAAUUGAAGCAGCACCAGCGCAUCCACACAGGGGAGAGACCCUUUCAGUGUCCUGAGUGUGGGAAGUGCUACAAAAGGGGUUCCCACCUCUCCUGCCAUCUGCACAUCCACACAGGAGAGAGAGGAUUUCAGUGUCCUGAGUGUGGGAAGAGCUUCAAACGCAGUUCUGAAUUGAAGCGCCACCAUCGCAUCCACACAGGGGAGAGACCCUUUCAGUGUCCGGAGUGUGCAAAGAGCUUUAAACACAGAUCUCAUCUCAACUCUCACAAGCGCAUCCACAGAGCGCAACGGCUGUAGAAGCACCCCAAGACUUUGGGAACCUUCAAAAGCAGUUCCAGCCUUGUUACCUUCUGGCACUGCCACAGAAGGUACAGAUCCUGCAGAGCCUCAAACUUGUGAAGAGCUUCAGCCUAAGCCCUAGCCCGGUUACGACCUGUGGUUUUGUGCUUUGAACCUUACAAAUCGCUUGAGUAGAGGAAGAGCUCGGCAGCCAAAAUCCUUCUUUUUCUCAGCUGCUCUUCUUUCUCCUCUUUGGAUGCGAAUUCUGCAUGUUGCUCUCUGUCAGCUGCAGUCAAGGUGUUGAGCGGACAGUCAAAGGAGAGUCCAGAGUGGGAUGUGUCACAGUCACUGGAAACCCUCUGCCAGGUGGCACGUUUCUGCCAGGGCAGUGUGCAAGGACAGUCACCUCUUACCUCCCCUGUAGACCCUCAGUAGACCCCAGAGAAGCAACGCCGGGGAGAGUCCCUGUGAGUGCCUUGACUGCAGGAAGAGGUCUGUCCAGAGCUGGGAGCUCAUCACACACCACUGGAUCCACGUGAGGAACCCUACAGAUGUGCAGCCUGCAAGUAGAGUUUUGGCCACAGCUCGAACUUGCUGAGGUAGCAGAGUGUCUGCAGUUGGGUGAAUUCCAGGACAUGCCUGCACCAGUGAGUUCACGUGGCAGGGAGCCUUAGAAAUGCCUCGAGUGUGAGAAGGGCUUUGUGCAGAGCACGAAGCUCCUCCCAAACAGGAGAUGGCAGUCGUGGCAGAAGUGCUACAAACGUCCCAUGUGUGGGAAGAGCUUCAACCACAGCUCCCAGCUGAGCAAGCACCAGGGGAUCCACUCAGGGCAGAGACCAUAGAUGUGCCUGCACUGCAGGAAGAGCUUCAUCCAGAGCUCAGUCCUCAUUAAAGGAUAAGAAAAUUCUUGUUAGUCCACAUGAGAGCUCCCUUUUGAUCUUGAAGGUUUUUGCUUUGACCUUGGGACAUUGUGUCUGACACCUCCUGCAGCAGGGCCUUCACAUUUGCUGGGCUCAGCUAAAGCUGCUGUGCUUGGAAUGCAGUUUGCAGGAAGUGGAGGCUUGUUAUGGUGAGCUAGUGAAGGCAGCAGGAGCUUGCCCAUGUCCUCAGGUGAGGUUCUGUGAAUGCUCCCUGACGUCCCAGCAGACUGCAAGGAGAUGAUGAUUGCAGUACCGAGGAGCGCUGCUUCCUCCAUGCCAGGGAGCUGGGGCCUGGUCUGGUGCAGGAGAGGUACAGCAGGGCCCUGGGGGUUGGAGGAGCCCAAUGCGUAGGGAGGAAACUAGCAGCGGGGAGGCGUGGGGAUCCCCAGCAACAGCAGGCAGCAGCCCAGCCAGGAGCUGGGAUGAUUUACUUUAAAUCUGAAUCCACUAAUUCCAGUCACGUGUCUCCUCUUUCCUUUUAGGUUCCCCCAAAAGGCAUUCUCACUAUUCUGUGUUUUUUUUUUUUUUUUUUUUUUUUUUACAUCACCAUGUUCUCAGAAGCAAUGAGCAGGUUUUCUCUGAGAAGGAAAUAAAAAUGAAGAAGUUUUUCCACUUUUACUCCUUGAAAAGUCACUUUAACUGCUGAUUUCCCCCACUGUUUUGUCACACAUGGUGUUUAGUUGCACUAAGGGUUAGAAAACUUGUUUUUUUUCCUCUCCUCCUGAGCUUCCCUGCUUUCCCUCUGCUGUGGGGAAAGUCUUUCUGUUGCAGACAUGAUUCUCUGCAGAGUUGUGAGCACAGCGCCCCUUCUGUCCCAGGGGGACAUGGAGGGAGGGCUUUGUCCCGUCUGCUUCAAGCAACACUUGUAUCCAGCCAGCAGAAGGCUGUGCCCUCGGUGUCCCACGUGAGCUCUGCAUGGAGCUUACAGUUGGCUGUGAGGUGGUGGAGAGCCUCUGGGCACUGAUUAAGGGACAAGGAAGUAAAGUGGUUGCCUACUACAUGCCACCCAGCCAGGACGACGAUCCCAAUCAAUUCUUCUUUAAGGAAUUAAGGGAUACGUCUGGAACAGCAUCACUGUUGAUGAACAGCAUCACAGAACAUGAAUGACAAUGUCAAAUAGGACCAGGCCCAUUAUGAAGCCCUGCAGCACACCUGCAGCUACUGGCCUCCUGCAAAACCUUGUGCCACUGACCACCACUCCAACUGGUCUGGCCAUUCGGCCAGUUUUUGAUGCUGCUCACUGUCUACCUAUGCAGCCCAUACAUCAGUAGCUGUCUCAAGUCAGGACACAAAAACCCUCUGCUUCUCUUUCAUCUCCCAACUUACUGCAUUCCAAAUAGACCCCAGGAAAGGCUUCCUUUACAGGUUCUUGCCCCGUGACCUCUGGUGCUCAAGGGACAUUUGGAUAAAGCCCUGCAUGACGUGCUUUCACUUUUGGUUAGUCCUGAAGUGGUCAGGCAGUUGGACUAGAUGAUCUCUGAAGGUCACUUACAACGGAUUUUGUUUUUAAUGGUUUUAUAAAUCUACGUGGGGAUAAAAUGUAAGAGUCAUUAUCUUGCUGCUAUAUGUUUGUGGCUUAUGAAAAAUAAAUGACGAGGAUUUAUAGACAACCCUCAAAACUCUGAAAAGGA